GUGGCUACAGAAAGAGCACUGAAACGGGAAACUCCCACAGGUGGUGAUUUGGAUCCGCUUUUGAUGGUGGGCUGCGCCAAUCCCCGCGCCGUGCUACGCUGUUUCCUUAGCUGCGUUCUUUUGCAGCGAUGGGCAGUCGGCCUUGAGUGGACCCUGGCGUCGCCACGGGCCCGCCGCUGGCUACACGAGGCCACGAUCGCGACCCCAGACGGUAUCAACGUCGAGCUCGUUGAGCAGCAACUUGUUGUGCCCUUGACGCUAAAGCCGGCGCGCGUCGAGCUGCGGAUGCACGACGACACGGUUUUGUGCGUGACGACGCGUACGUUCAAUGGGUCGGUGCCAGCCCCGACGCUGGUUGUGACGCCAGGAGAUCACCUCGUCUUUGAUAUCGCCAACGAUCUGGGGCCUGGCGCUGCCAAUCGCACGAGCCUGCACCUUCACGGCUUACACAUUGGGCACGACGGUGUUGCGCUCGCGCCUGGCUCGAAGCGCAUCUUCAAGUACAUCGUGCCAUCGGAUCACCCAUCAGGGACCUUCUGGUACCAUCCUCACGUCCACGGUCUUCUCAACGCACAGAUUGGUGGGCUCCUCGCCGGCGCGCUCGUCGUUUUGGACCGUCCGGGAGACUUGCCGGCGCAACUGAGCUCAAAGAACGACCACGUGAUUCUCAUCCAAGCCGUUUGUGCCAAGGACUGUGGCCAUGAGCAUGAUGCGACCGCGCGCGCAAUAGAAGGACACAUGGCGGCCGAGCCGUCGGGGCAUUUCAAAUCACGCCUCGAGAGCAACAGCUCGGGACUGUACACCCUUGUCAACGGACUCUCGGUGCCAAUCAUCGAUGUGCAACCAUUUGCCUGGACGCGUCUGCGCUAUAUCAACGCCAUCGCCAACAACUUGGUAGAAAUCGCCUCACCUGCCGCCAACAACUGCACGACGCUGCUCCUUGCGCGUGACGGGAUCACAUUGCAGACGUGGUCGCCUCUUGACGACGCGCUCGUCGUGCCGCCCGGUGGCCGCGCCGACGUAUUGGUGCAAUGUCCGCCACAAACCGAGGACGUUUCCAUCGACGUCGUCAAAGACCUUGCACGAUCACCCGAAUUUGGCCACCACCACCGCGUGCCAUCGCAGCCGCUUUUGCGCUUGCGCAUCGCAAGCGCUCUCGAGCACAUGGUCUCGGCGGUGUCGGCAUGGCCACAGCCAUUGCACGUGAGCUUGCCGUCGUACAUGACGGUGCCACCAGAGCUGCCACGGGCCUGCAACUACAACUAUACAUUUAUCGCCAACGACACUGCGAUGAGUGGCUACGGCGUCAACGGCGAAGCCUUCUCGAUGGAGAGCCGUGACAGCAUUGUUGUUGGAUCGCCGCAGCUGUGGUGCGUGCGUAUUGCUGCCCCCGGUGAUAUCAACCACCCUUUUCAUAUCCACAAUACGCACUUCCACGUACUCGGUCAAGCAGGCUGGCGCGACACGGUGCCCCUGCUCCACGGUACUCUCCAGUUAUGGUUUCGGCCGUCGGUUGUUGGGCCCACCAUGACGCACUGCCACAUUGCCGUCCACGCAGAUAUGGGCAUGGCUCGAGUCGUUGACGUUGAACCAUUAACAUUGUGAUGAGCUGGACGACAUUUCAUUUUUACGAAAUAUCUUGGGACGAACGGGAGCCUCGACACUAAAGGUUUCAAG